ACCCUUGACUGGAGCGGAAGCCAUGUUUGUUGUCCUUCCUUCUGCCGCUCAGGAACGUUCGGGCAAAGAACGUCAGAGAGUUCUGUCUGCAUGUCUUUGACAAUAUUAUCACAACAUUUUCUCUACCAUCCCCCGAAUGCAGCUUAACAGGCAUGCCAAAGGAAAAAUAUGAUCCUCCUGAUCCACGCAGAUUAUACACCAUCAUGUCUGCCGAGGAGGCGGCCAAUGGGAAGAAGUCACACUGGGCUGAGUUAGAGAUAUCUGGUCGGGUCAGGAACCUGAGCAGUUCUCUCUGGAAUCUGACCCAUCUGACUGCGCUGCACAUCAAUAACAACAACCUUAGCCGGAUCCCGCCCGAAAUCGCCAAGCUCCCCAACCUGGUCUACCUGAACCUGUCCUCCAACAAACUCCGCAGCCUGCCAGCAGAACUCGGCAACAUGGUGUCUCUCAGGGAAUUGCUUUUGAACAACAACUGUUUACGAGUUUUGCCUUAUGAACUUGGACGGCUGUUCCAGUUACAAACCUUAGGUCUCAAAGGUAACCCUUUGUCCCAAGACAUUCUCAAUCUUUACCAGGAGCCUGACGGUACCAGAAAGCUACUGAACUACAUGCUUGACAAUCUAGCAGUCCACCCAGAACAACUCCCCCAAAGACCUUGGAUCACACUGAAAGAGCGAGACCAGAUGAUGCCCACAGCCGUGUUCACGGUCAUGUGCUACAAUGUGCUGUGUGAUAAGUAUGCUACCAGGCAACUGUAUGGCUACUGUCCCUCCUGGGCCCUGAACUGGGAGUACAGGAAGAAAGGCAUCAUGGAAGAGAUCACUAACUGCGAUGCUGACAUCAUCAGCCUGCAGGAGGUGGAGACGGAACAGUACUACACCUUCUUUCUGGAAACGCUGAAAGAUCGUGGGUAUGACGGGUAUUUCUGUCCAAAGUCUCGUGCCAAACUGGUCUCAGAACAGGAACGAAAACAUGUGGAUGGCUGCGCUGUGUUCUUCAAGACUGAGAAAUUUUCCUUGGUGCAGAAACACACAGUGGAGUUCAAUCAAGUUGCCAUGGCAAACUCUGAGGGUUCCGAGGUCAUGUUGAACCGAGUGAUGACGAAAGACAACAUCGGCGUGGCGGUUUUGUUGGAGGUGAAGAAAGAUCUGUUUUCCAGUGGUGUGAAGCCUCCUGCAGAGAAACAGCUCCUCCUAGUGGCCAAUGCCCACAUGCAUUGGGAUCCAGAGUACUGUGAUGUGAAGCUAAUCCAAACCAUGAUGUUUCUGUCAGAGCUGAAGAGCAUCGCCGAGAGAGCCUCCGAGUCAACGGGCUCUGCGUCCCCGACUUCUGACCCCUGCUCCAUACCCAUCGUCCUGUGUGCCGACCUCAACUCCCUUCCUGACUCUGGUGUGGUGGAAUACCUGAGUAAUGGCGGCGUGGCGGAGAAUCACAAAGACUUCAAAGAGCUACGAUACAGCGAGUGUCUCACCAACUUUAGCUGCAACGGCAAAAACGGCAAGGGAGACGGCAGCAUCACACACAGCUUCCAGCUGAAGAGCGCUUACGAGAACAGCUUAAUGCCUUACACCAACUACACUUACGACUUCAAGGGCGUGAUCGACUACAUUUUCUUCUCCAAGACUCAUAUGAGUGUUCUCGGGCUGCUGGGCCCACUGGAAACACAGUGGCUGAUGGACAACAAUAUCAUUGGCUGCCCCCACCCACACAUCCCCUCUGACCACUUCUCCCUGUUGGCCCAGCUGGAGUACCACCCCCCUCUGCCCCACCUCAACGGGCUGCACCUGCCCGUCCACAGGUAGUGCAGCCCCCUAACAGAACCCCACCCCUUCCCUCUGUUAAAGGACCAGAACAUGUCUCAAAGUCGAACAAAUACACGCACAGGCACACACACACACACAUACACACACACACACACACACACACACCUAGGAGUGAAGCAUUCACCUGAUGCUCCUUUUUUAACCUUUGCACAAGACUGUAUUACUUUUCCACUUGAAAAGCUUAAUACCAAAUUAGGGUUGGGAUUCUUGGCACUAUUGAUGGGGGCGCCAGCAUCGGAGAGAUUUCAUAUCAUCCAAAUCCAAGUGUCAAUAUUCUGUCCUGAGACCUGCACAGCUGGCCGAAUGUCAUUUCUAAAACAGAUAAAUAUACAUAAAUAAAAAGAUAAACACGUGUAUAUAUAUAUAUAUAUACAGAGAAAGUUUGAUCAUGUGAUAGUUGUACAGGUGGAAACAGACUUGAUAUGUCAUUAUAGUGGAAGCAGGUUGGCCAACUUCAAAAAUACCGAAGAAAAACUUUGUCUUUUAAUAUUAGAAAUACGUUUUUCGUACAUCCUCCCUGUGUGCAUCGUGGUUUUCUUUUUUUUUUGGAAAAUGACUUUACUCAUACAGGAAAUCAGACACAAGAUUAACCAAUUUCUAACAUUUAUAAAUUACAUUCAGACUUUGUUAUGUUUCCUUAUUGUAUAUUGAGCAAUUACUAUGUCUGGUGCUUUACAAACACAAGUUCCAGCUGUCAUUUGAUUUUGGUUCUGUUUUUGGGAGGGGUUGUGGGUGGGGUUUAACACAGGGACGUUUUAAUAUUGAGAAACAGUGUUAAUUAUAGCAAUGUGACUGCAUCAUUUCAAAUCUAAAUCUCUUUGUAACGAAAAGAAAACAAACAAACAGUCUUUUCCGUGUAAUGUUGGAUAUUAUGGAAAACUUGGUAUUGGUCCAAUUCCUCUGUGGAAGCCCAUUAAAGAGGAUCCCAGCCCUGCAAAUGAAACCAA